CCUUUUUAUUCUAUGAAACUUGAGCCACAUUCUUCUCUUUUCUCCCAUCAUCCAUUCACAGUCUCUAAUGGGAUCUAUUCAAGCUAUCAGCUUUGUCAUCUUUUCAUGUAUAUGUUUAACCAAUGCAAAUGCAAAUGGCAAUAGUUUUCAGAGAAAAAAAAGCAGCUUUGAGAGGAAAAAACAAGAGAUGAAUUGUAAUAUGUACCAAGGUAAGUGGGUGUACGAUGACUCCUAUCCUCUCUACAACUCAACAGACUGUCCUUUCAUCCGCAAAGAAUUCGAUUGCCUCAAGUAUGGCCGCCCCGAUCACCUCUACCUUAAAUAUAGAUGGCAGCCAACCAAUUGUCACUUACCAAGGUUUAAUGGAGAGUAUUUUCUGAAGAGAUUCAAAGGAAAGAAGAUCAUGUUCAUUGGGGAUUCUCUAAGUCUCAACAUAUGGCAAUCAUUGAUAUGCAUGCUUCAUGCUGCAGUGCCAAAUUCCAGAAUAAUCAAACAGGGGUUGAAUAACAACACCAUUUCGGCAGUCACAUUCCAGGAUUACAAGAUAUCCGUGAUGCUAUUUCAUUCACUGUACUUGGUGGAUGUUGAUGAGGAAAGAAUUGGCAGAGUUUUGAAGUUGAAUUCAAUGAGGAAUGGCGAUCAUUGGAAGAACAAUGAUGUUUUAGUUUUCAACACUUGGCUAUGGUGGUACCGCAGAGGAUUAAAGCAACAAUGGGAUUAUGUGAAUGAUGAAGGGAGGAUUACGAAAGAUAUUGAUCGUAUGACUGCAUUUCGGACAGCUUUAACAACAUGGGCCAAAUGGGUUGAUUCAGAUGUGGAUACUAACAGAACUAAAGUUAUAUUUCAAGGAAUCUCUCCAUCACACUACAAUGGCACGGAAUGGAAUGAGCCAGGGGUGAGAAAUUGCUUCAAGGAGAUGGAACCAUUCAAUGGGUCAUCAGCUUAUCCAGUUGGGUUGCCUGAGGCAGCAUAUGUGGUUAAAGAUGUGAUAAGUAACAUCAAGAAACCUGUUCAUUUGUUGGAUAUUACAGCUUUGUCUCAGCUAAGAAAAGACGCACACCCUAGCUCUUACAAUGCCUUCAAGGGGAUGGAUUGCACCCAUUGGUGUGUUGCUGGCCUUACUGAUACUUGGAAUCAACUUUUGUACGCAGCUCUCCUUAUUUAAACAAAGAAAUUAGGGAAGAAAAAGAAGCAUAUAUCAACCUUAAACCUAGUAUUUGAGAAUUUAUUCUGCUAAUUUAUUAUUGGAAAAUAUUAAAUAAAUAAAACCUAAUUAUUCUCGUCUAAA